AAACCAACAAACCAUCGUACACGCAUGUUACCGGUGUAGGCAAGUGGGCAAACCUCCAACAACUCCCUCUCCCCCCCGCACCUCCAACCUCUCCCCCCUCCCCGUGUAAAUUUCAUGAUUGCUUUCCGUGAUGUCAUGUUGAAAAGGGGCAGACAAUAGCUGUGGGGAAAAGAAAAUGAGUUCCGGGGCGAGCUGCUGAAUCAAAGGUGGACGCGUGGAGAAAAGCUCAGCAGUUGUGAGACAGCAAAAAGCCUACACAGCAGACACAUCAAGAUGAGUUUAGAAAAUGAUGAUAAGAGAGCACGCACACGAUCAAAAUCUAUCAGAGUGCCCACGGAACUCAUAGGACAGGAGGUGAGCUGCCCUACCCCAGGAUGUAAUGGCUCAGGACACAUCCGUGGAAAGUAUGCACGACACAGAAGUUUACAAAGCUGCCCUCUAGCAAAGAAGAGGAAACUUCAGGAUGCUGAGGCCGAGCACCUGGUGUCAAAGAGAAAAUCCCAUCCUCUGAAGCUGGCCCUUGACGAAGGCUACAACGUGGACAGCGAUGGGAGUGAGGACACAGAGGUGAAGGAGGAGUCUGUCACUGACGAAUCAGAGGGGACUUUGGAGGAGGAAGAGACAGAGACGAUAGAACAGGAGGAGACCCCCAGCCCUGAGCCAGCAGAAGUAAGAAGCCCAGCAAAAUCAUCACGCUAUGGACAAAAUGCAGCUACCAGUACACCCGGCCCUAGCAAGGCCAAUUACAGCAGCUAUCAAGAAAUCAUUGCCAACUCUCUCCUAAAUCUAGGCCAAAUAGCAGAAGAAACCCUUGCAAUAGAGGGGCAGAUGCCUGAAAAUGAACUGCAGGUCUCCAAGCCUCCUGUUAAUGUUGUGCACCUGGUCCAUGAAGGGGUGGAAGAAGAGGUGGUCGAGGAGGAAUGUGACAAGGAAAUUAUCAUCCAAACUGAGGAUGCAGAGGAAGUCAUUGAGGUCACUAGUGAACGUAGCAGUGAAUUGUGUCCAGAACAUCGGGACAAUAUGAAUUGUGAGGAGUCCUGCAAGUUGCAAAAGGCCAUGCAAGCAGAAGCAGAAGACGAGGAGGAUGACGAAGAGGAAGAGGAGGAGGAGGAAGAAGAAGAAGAAGAGGAGGAAGAAGAGGAGGAGGAGGAGGAAGAGGAAGAAGAGGAGGAGCUGGCAUCUGAAGUCAUCUGUGAAGAAACUCCUCAGACGUCUCGGGACUCCCAGAAAACCCACUGUGAAGGGCGGUUCAGCCCAAAACCUGAGUACUCGGUCAUCGUGGAGGUCAGGUCAGACGACGACAAAGAUGACGAUGCUCGCUCCCAGAAAUCCACCGUGACCGAUGAGUCUGAAAUGUACGACAUGAUGACCAGAGGGAACCUGGGGCUGCUGGAGCAGGCCAUUGCGCUCAAAGCCGAACAGGUUAAGAUCAUGAGGGAGCCCAGCCGCCUGCCAGGGGAGCACGUAAAGCAUUUCCAGGUGGAUGAAAAACAAAACAAACCUUUGGACACUAUCAGAAAAAACUACUACAGCAAAGAUCCCUCAAGACCUGAGAAGCGAGAGAUCAAAUGUCCUACUCCAGGUUGUGAUGGCACUGGUCACGUCACAGGACUCUAUCCUCACCAUCGCAGUCUGUCUGGUUGCCCGCACAAAGACAGGAUUCCUCCAGAGAUCUUGGCUAUGCACGAGAAUGUGUUGAAAUGCCCAACACCAGGCUGCACAGGACAGGGUCAUGUGAACAGCAAUCGCAACACACACAGAAGUUUAUCUGGGUGCCCCAUAGCUGCUGCUGAAAAAUUAGCCAAAUCUCAUGAAAAGCAACAGCCGCAGGCCGGUGACCCCUCUAAGAGUAGCUCCAAUUCUGACCGGAUACUCAGGCCUAUGUGCUUUGUGAAGCAGCUGGAGAUUCCUCAGUAUGGGAGCUACAGGCCCAACAUGGUUCCAGCAACCCCUAGGGCCAACCUGGCCAAGGAGCUGGAGAAGUACUCCAAGGUCACCUUCGAUUAUGCAAGUUUUGAUGCUCAGGUUUUUGGCAAACGCAUGCUUGCCCCAAAGAUUCAGACUAGCGAAACCUCACCGAAAGCCUUUAAAUCUAAACCUUUUCCAAAGGCCUCUUCCCCCAGCCACAGCCCUUCCAGCAGUUAUGUGAAGAGCACUUCAUCUUCCUCUACAGGCUUCGACUACUCUCACGAUGCCGAGGCCGCACAUAUGGCUGCCACUGCCAUUUUAAAUCUCUCCACCCGCUGCUGGGAAAUGCCAGAAAAUCUCAGUACCAAGCAGCAGGAUCUUCCCAGCAAGUCUAUGGACAUUGAGGUGGAUGAAAACGGGACGCUGGACUUAAGCAUGAACAAGCAUCGCAAACGGGAGAGCACCUUCCCCAGCAGCAGCAGCUGCAGCAGCAGUCCCAGUGUGAAGUCCCCAGAUGUGUCCCAACGCCAAAAUAGCACGAGUGCCACUAGCAGCACCAUGACCUCACCCCAGUCCAGCCAGACCUCCCGUCAGGAUGAAUGGGAUGGCCCCAUUGACUACACCAAACCAAAUCGUCAGCGGGAAGAGGAGCCGGAAGAGUCAGAGCCCGCAGCCCAUUCUUUUGCCUCCUCGGAAGCAGAUGAGCAGGAAGUGUCAGAGGAGAACUUUGAAGAACGGAAGUAUCCCGGGGAAGUUACCUUAACCAACUUCAAGCUUAAAUUCCUUCCCAAGGACAUCAAGAAGGAGCUACUCACAGGGAGUGGAGGCAGCAACAGCAGAGGGUAUAAAACAAGUUGUUUUGUGGGGCAUCAGAAACGGGAGUCCCAGGACCAUCAUCAUGGACAAACUAUGAGUUGCCCUACCCCAGGCUGUGAUGGCAGUGGACACAUCACGGGAAACUAUGCCUCUCACCGCAGCCUUUCUGGUUGUCCUCUUGCUGACAAGAGCCUCAGAAACCUCAUGGCUGCCCACUCUGCUGACCUCAAGUGCCCAACUCCUGGAUGUGAUGGUUCUGGUCACAUAACAGGAAAUUAUGCAUCACAUAGGAGUCUGUCAGGCUGCCCCCGUGCCAAGAAAAGUGGCAUCAAGAUAACCCCCACGAAAGAUGACAAAGAAGACCCGGAGCUGAUGAAGUGUCCAGUUCCUGGCUGUGUUGGGCUUGGACAUAUCAGUGGCAAAUAUGCCUCUCAUCGCAGUGCGUCAGGAUGUCCUCUUGCAGCCCGCCGGCAGAAAGAAGGAUCACUCAAUGGCUCAUCAUUUUCCUGGAAGUCACUGAAGAAUGAGGGGCCUACUUGUCCGACCCCUGGCUGUGAUGGGUCGGGUCAUGCCAACGGAAGCUUUCUCACUCACAGAAGUUUAUCAGGGUGUCCAAGAGCUACUUUUGCUGGAAAGAAAGGAAAACUCUCAGGGGAUGAAAUUCUCAACACUAAAUUCAAGACCAGCGAUGUUCUAGAGAAUGAUGAAGAGAUUAAGCAGUUAAACAAGGAGAUUACUGAGCUGAAUGAGUCCAACUCGGAGAUGGAGGCUGCCAUGGUGAAGCUGCAGUCACAGAUAUCAACCAUGGAGAAGAACCUAAAGAACAUUGAGGAGGAAAACAAAAUUAUAGAGGAGCAGAAUGAAGCCCUGUUCUUGGAGCUCUCAGGUCUCAGCCAGGCUCUUAUCCAAAGUCUUGCCAAUAUCCGCCUUCCACAUAUGGAGCCAAUCAGUGAACAGAACUUUGACGCUUAUGUUAAUACUCUUACUGACAUGUACACCAAUCAGGAGUGUUACCAGAACCCUGAGAACAGGGACCUGCUAGAAAGCAUUAAACAGGCUGUCAAGGGAAUUCAAGUCUAGUGCCGUGGGAUAAUGCAAAUAAACAAACAAACUGUAAGAAGAUGGAACCUUCACUCCGAGUAUUCAGGUUUACAAGUUAUAAAACUUGUCUAAUGAAUGAAAAAAGGACCAAAAUUUAACCAAGAGGCCAUUUACAAGAAGCAGAACUGAACUGAACUCCAUGUUGUCAUUUACUUAACUUGGACCUUCUUGCAGAGUGGGAUUUUCUACCCGUACCAAGUGGUAGAUGAGAACGGACGAUGAGACACUAUAAUAGGUUGCAGGGCUUGGUUGCUGGUGGAGAUAAGGCAUCUUCAUGAGUUGCCACAUUUUACUGAUGAGAAAGAAGGCAUUGUAGCAGAAUUAAUCCAAGGGUUAGUACAUGAGAAGAACAGGGUUUUGUCUGAUUUUAGAACAGAGUAUAACUGGCUUCAACCCUCAUGUUGUCUAUGGUCAUAUGUCCAGCUCACCUGCUCACACAUGAAUUAUGUUAUAGGUUACUGUAAAUGAGAGGCUGGAGCUGCAGGCUACCUGUAAAUCUGAACCUCUGCUGGGCCUCCCACCCCCAAGGUAUUCAGCUAUCCACUGGGUGGGGGAAUUCUUAAGUAUUAUAAAGUAGCUUAUUUUUAUUUUCUGAAGAGCAGUUCUGGAUCUCCAGUGGAAAGCGCAAUGGAAAAAAGGUUCUCAGGGAAGCUUUUGGAGUUUGCAACUACAGUAUUCCUUUGUCUGUCUUAAAUAUGAGAAUAGCUAUUAUGAAUAGACCAAUACCAGAUAUUUCAUACAGAAGAAUUCUAAAUGUGUCAUGGUCCAGUGUAUAUGAUUUUUUGGAAGUCUAUUGGUGGACUGUUCUGGUUCUUUUCAAUAUUAUGGUCAUCAUUACAGCAGUGCAGUACUGCCAGUGCAGAUAUCAUACAUCAAUGCCAGAGAAAUGUUUAAAAUGAUUAUCAACAAAAAAUGAAAGAUACUAACUGAUGGCCAGCAAAGUGCUUAUCUUCCAUGGACUGUGGUUGAUUCCUUACAGAUGUACAUAUGGCAGUGGGUUUUUGUUUUGUUUUGCUUUGGUUGGUUGGUUUUGGUUUCUGUAUUUUGUGCAAGAUUACAGAGCAAGCAUCAUUCCACAAAAAAGAGCAUUUGGGUAUUGAUCUUCCAAAGAACCCUUUUGUAAGCUGUUUGGUACAUGCAGCCCACCGUGCACUUACAACUAUGUGAAUAUCUUUGCAAAACCAAUCUCUAGCACCUCAUUCAUCCAACCAGCCAGCAUUGCAGAGCACAGUGAUUAAGGUAUUUUUCAAUCUGUAAGAAAAGAGUCAGCAGAGAGGGAGAGAAGUAUUGGUCUGUCCCAGCAAAUAGCAAAUCCUGAAGGCUUGUUGAAUAAACUCAUCUCACACAAGCAUUAACUAUCAUUCAGAAUUAUUUAUCAGCCUAGUGAUAACACUUUAGAGAAGAGGGAGAUAGAAGCCUCUAGCACCCCAGUACAUGUCACAUAAGCCCCCCACUUUCAAUAUCAUUUCCAGUGAGGUGAGGGGUGGAGAGGAAUUUGCUCACCAAUAAUAAAGUGAAGAAUAUUGUGUCAUUAUGAGCCCAGUCCUGCAGAUAUUUAGGGGAUAAUGCAAAGCUCAAGGGUGAUAAUGGAAAGACUCCCAUUGAUUCCAGUGGACAUUGGAUAAGGUUCUUAAGCACGUGAGUAGGUAGGUAGCCCCACUGAAGUCAAUUGGGCAGCUCAUGUGAAUAAAUUGAAUCACAUACUUAAGAGUUUGCAGGAUCGGAUCCCAUGAAUUCACUUAUUUUAGAACCCAUUCCAAGUGCAAAAAUAAAAUGGAAAAAAAUAUAAUUUGAUGUGUUAAAAACACAAUUCUUAACAUGUAAAUAGAGUCCAACUUGCUUGUGACUGCAAUUCAGUUAGUAUUUAAAAGUAGAGAAAUUGCACUUCCUGGAAGAGAGAGAGACGGGGGAAAGUAGCUAGUUUAAUUAUCCUGUAAAUUAUUUAAUUUUGGCAAGAUGUAUGUAAUUUAUAUUCACAACACCUUACGUUAACUUUUUCCUAUUUAUUUAACCUUUCUUAUUUAUUAAUUUUAUACUGAUUUUAAACUGGACACCAUACCAUGGAAAAGAAAAGCAAAAAAUAAAAAAGUAAAACUUUUUUUGACCAUAAAAAAAAAUUCCAAAAAAAGAAAGAAAGAAAGAAAGAAAGAAAAGGAAAAAACCCACGUAUCUACAACUCCUACUUGUAAUUUUGAUGCGACUGAGUUAUUUUUUAUAUAUUUUGUUAUUUAUUCUUUUAACAAUGGGAAUUUUUUAAAGAUAUUUUAUAACUGAGGCAUUUUGAUAAUUUUUUGGUUUGUUUUUUGAAGGGGUCGGGACAAUGGGAGGGGAAGAGAGACUUUUAGGGAUUUUGUUUUCAUUCCUAUUGUUUCAGGCACUGAUUAAUGGUAAAUGAAAAUUCUGUAUUUAUUAUUUAUUUAAUAUUUAAGUCAAAAUGAACUGUGCUCUUGUUGUAUAUUUAUUUUGUCACGUUUGUGUGUUGGUUAUGUGAUGACUGAGUAAUUGUUUAUG